UUUUUCAAUUGUUUGUUUUAUUUUAGAAUCUUAUUGGAAUCAUGUCUGGCGAAUUCCCCAAUAUUCAGUCUACUCACUCCCUUGUGGCCAAGCAUGUCACCAAGGAUAAAUGGGACCAGCUGAAGGACAUUGAGACCAAGACCUGUGGAUUCACCCUAGCCAAGGCUAUUGCCUGCGCUGUUGAGUUCGACAACCAGCAUUGCGGAAUCUACGCCGGAGACUGGGAUUCCUACAAGGACUUCGCCAUCGUCUUUGAUCCUCUGAUCCAGGAGUACCAUGGAAUCUCUGCUGAUGCCAAGCACACUUCUGACAUGGAUGCCUCAAAGAUUGUUGGAAACAUCGCCCCUGAAGUCCCAUGCCACUCCACCCGUAUUCGUGUUGGACGUAACAUUGACGGAUUUGGACUUUCCCCCGGAAUCACCAAGGACCAGCGUAUUGCCAUUGAGAAGCUGAUGUCCUCUGCUCUCUCCAAGCUGACCGGAGAUCUUGCUGGAACCUACUAUCCUCUCACUGGUAUGGAUGAGGCUGUCCGUCAGAAGCUUGUUGACGAUCACUUCCUCUUCAUGUCUGGAGACCGUAACCUCGCUGUUGCCGGUAUGGAGCGUGAUUGGCCCGAGGGCCGUGGAAUCUUCCACAAUGAGGCCAAGACCUUCCUUCUGUGGGUCAAUGAGGAAGAUCAGACCAGAAUCAUCUCCAUGCAACAGGGAGGAGAUGUCAAGGGAGUUUUCGAGCGUCUGGCCCGUGGUAUCAAGGCUGUCGGAGAUUCUGUCAAGGCUGAGUCCGGCAAAGAAUUCGCUCUUGACGAGAGGUACGGAUACAUUCACUCCUGCCCCACCAAUCUAGGAACUGGUAUGCGUGCAUCUGUCCACGUUGACCUGCCCGGCUGGACCAAGGAGGGAGUUGACAAGCUGAAGGCUAGGUGCGAGGAGCUCGCUGUCCAGCCCAGAGGAACCAGAGGAGAAUCUGGUGGCCAGACUGGUCACACUUAUGACAUCUCCAACAAGCAUCGUCUUGGAUACUCCGAGGUUCAGCUGGUCCAGGUUAUGAUUGACGGUGUCAACACCCUGUGGAAGGAGGAUCUGGAGUUCCAGAAGAAGCACGGAAUGUAAAGAAGCAUAAAAACUUGUUCUAGAUCAGAACUCUAUCCAGCCAUGUGCAUGAUUGUGUGUGUGCGUGCUCAAUAAAUGUGUUUGAAGUUAGUA